AACCAGCAUUCGUGGUGCGUCGCAGUUGAACAAAUCAUCACCUAUAGAAUUGCACCCGCACUGCAGCUAUUUUUUUUUUUACAAAACUUCAGUUAGCCUGACUUCAGUUAGUUCCUGUUGAUUGCAGCGAUUCAAGAUGGCUGAUGUUGAAUUUGAGAACAAACCAAGAAAAAAUGAGAAGAAACAAUCGCGUGUGAAGAUCAUCGUCUUGAUGGUGUUGCUAUUGGUCAUCAUAGUUGUUACUUUGGUGUUAGUGUUUAGCCUGACGAAAAAAGAGAAUGUUGAAAACGGUCAGUUUAGGAAGGCCGCUGUUGCGACUGACGUUCCCGAGUGUUCUGAAAUGGGAAGUUCGAUUCUGCAAGGCGGAGGAUCUGCUGUCGACUCCGCUAUAACGUCGAUGCUGUGCGUUGGAUUAGUGCACGGCCAGUCGUCUGGAAUUGGUGGCGGUUCUUUUUGGCUUAUUUAUGAUAGGAAAGCUAAAGGGACGAAGUUCAUAAAUGCCAGAGAAACUUCACCCGCAGCUACCACACCUGAUAUGUUUAACAGCGAUCCCAAAACUAAAGUAUACGGUGCCUUGGCUAUAGGGACACCGGGGGAACUUAAAGGAAUGUGGGAAGCCCACCAGAAAUAUGGUAAACUUUCUUGGAAGGAAUUGUUCCAACCGGUUAUUGCAUUGGCACGAAAAGGUUUCCGUGUUACCAACCACACGGUAUUGACUCUGAACAGCCUAGUAGCCAGUGGCUUCGUGUCUGAUGCUUGGAGAGACGUGUACUUCAAGGAUAAUGGGACCCAUCCUAAAGAAUAUGGCGACAUUGUUAUUCGCAGCAACUUUGCCGACACUUUGCAACGUAUCGCUAAUAUCGGUGUGUCAGAAUUUUAUACUGGACAUACAGCGGAUAUGAUUAUGCAAGACAUGAACACUUACAAUGGAACCUUGUCAAUGGCGGACUUAAGCAACUAUUCAGUGAAGUGGUCCGAUGUUUUGACGACAUCAUUCAUGGGUUACUCAGUGAUGUCCCCUAGUAUGCCAUCUGGGGGACCGAUCUACCAAUUUAUUAUCAAUGUAAUGAAAGGAUUCGAUAUUGAUAUAUCAUCCGAUGCAGACAAAGUCAAAUUUUUCCAUCGUUUUCUUGAAACCUGUAAAUUGGCGUUCGGUCUAAGGGCAUAUCUUGGAGACGUCGACACGCCUGAAGUUAAUCAGGUCUUGAAUAAUUUGGCAUCUGAGAACUAUGCUCGUAAGAUACGGGACACCAUAAGCGACGAUAUGGUCAGUUACGCAAAUGCAAGUUACUAUAGUACCAGACAUGAUGACACUAACGAUAAAUUGGGAGACACGAGUCAUGUGAGUGUUUUGGCUGCGAACGGAGAUGCUGUUUCGGUUACGACCACUGUUAACUGGUACUUUGGUUGCAAAAUCAUGUCGCCCACAACAGGCCUUAUAUACAACAAUGAAAUGGCAGACUUCACAAUUCCUAAUACGGAGGAUGAAAAUCAACCAUCAAAUCCAGCCAACUAUCCAGCACCUUACAAACAUCCUCUAUCAUCCAUGAGUGGCAGCAUACUCCUCGAUGAAAAUGGUGAUGUCAAGUUAGUCAUCGGAUCUUCUGGUGGCAAGAAGAUAAUAACUGCGAAUGCUUGGGUGACACUCAUUGCUUUGGCUACUAAUUUAUCCAUAACGGAUGCCAUCGAAAUACGUAGGAUUCAUAACCAACUUUUCCCGAAUGAAGGCAUGUAUGAAGCUGGUUUCUCAACGGCGGUGCUGGAACGUUUGGAAGAUCUUGGUCAAGUGGUAAGAGAGAAAUCGUCUUUUGCUGUUGUUCAGGCGAUAUUAACAGAUGAAAAUGGAAUUGAUGCAUAUGCAGAUUCAAGAAAGCAGGGUAAAGCAGUUAUAUACUAGUAUUCAAAUGUUUUUUAAAAUGUUUAUAUUGUUUUCUCAAUUCAUAUUUUUAUGAUGAUUAUAAAUAAUUGAAAGUAUUCAAAUCGUAAAUCACUUCCAACAAUAAAUUUGAAUUAUGUGUGUAAUAAAAGAGCAUUUUGUAAUCGUUGAUGACGAAGACCACACAUUUGUAAACAUGAAUACAUUUAUUUUUUAAAGAUAUAUUUUCACUUUGUCUUAUUCAUAUCACAAUAAUAAAGGAGCUCUAGUUUGCCUGGUGUAAAAUGUUUCCCUUCCAAUCCCAAGGUCCUGCUUAAGAUUUUACCUCCAGAUCAAA